AUGGAUGAUCUAUUAUCCCACCAAUUAUUUCAGAAAUAUCCACCUACAGAAAUGAACCAAGAGGGGCUUAAUCAAAGCAGAAAUACUAAAGGUAGGAGAAUGGUAGGAGUAGUUAUGAUGAAAGUUAAAGAUUACAAUAGUAAUAAAAAACAAUCUACUACUGGAUCUUUACAAUUAUCAUAA